AUGAUUUUUCUGGCCGUCAUCGGUGCGGGUGGGGUUUUCGCGGGCACUAAUCCUGGAUACACCCAAUUCGAGCUCUCACAUACCAUCAAGACCGCAAAAGUGACCUUCUUGAUCUCAGAGCCAGAAGUCCUGGACAACCUCGUUGCGGCUGCAAGGAGCAACAAUAUCCCAACCUCGAACAUCUGGAUAUUCAAUACACAAGGCCAACCCGUGCCUGCUGGACAUAAAUCCUGGACAGAGCUUUUUAAGCAUGGCGAAGAGGAUUGGAUCCGUUUUGACGAUCCCGAAAUCUGCAAGACCGCAGCAGCAGCCCGGCUUUUCAGCAGCGGUACAACCGGUCUACCGAAGGCGGCAGUCAUUAGCCAUCUGAAUUUAAUCGGGCAACAUAUUUUUGUGCAUGAAACAAAACCUCCCCCCCAUCAGAUUUCGCGUGUCGUGGCCAUUCCGUGCUUCCAUGCCGCAGCCGUGCCAGCAACGCACGUCAGCGCCCUAAAGGCCGGCAUUACGCUGUACAUCAUACGCCGCUUCGAACUUUUGCCAUUCCUGGAAGUAAUCGAUAAAUACAGCAUCACCGAUGUUUCAACAGUUCCCCCUAUGGCUGUUGGUAUCGUUAAGUCGCCCUUUGCCAAGAAGGGUUACUUGAAAAAGGCAAAGUGUGGUGCUUGUGGUGCUGCCCCGCUGGACAAAGAUGUCCAGAGUGCGUUUCGGUCCAUGUUGGGUCCUGGCGCACCUUAUACACAAGUCUGGGGUAUGACUGAGACGACGUGUAUUGCUACCAUGUUCUACUACCCGGAACAUGACGAUACUGGAUCCGUAGGACGGCAAAUCCCAUCUCUUGAGAUAAAAUUAAUCGACAAUGACGGCAAAAACAUAUCUGCCUACGGUGUGCGCGGCGAAAUUUGCGUUCGUGGACCAACAGUCAUUACUGGCUAUUUCGAAAAUCCAGUCGCAAAUGCCGAAUCCUUCGAUGGCGACUGGUUCAAGACGGGAGACAUUGGCUAUUGCGAAGAGAAAACGAAGAAAUGGUACAUCGUUGACCGCAAGAAGGAACUGAUCAAAGUCCGCGGGUUCCAGGUUGCUCCGCCGGAAAUCGAAGCCGUGUUGCUCUCACAUCCACUUAUUAUGGAUGCCGCUGUCAUUGGUGUGACGUUUAAGGAGCAGGGGGAGGAGAAGAUCGAGCACCCACGCGCUUAUGUAGUGCGUCAGCCUGUCCCCGCUAGUCAAAAAUUGACGGGGAGGGAGCUGCAGGAAUUUGCGGGGGCGAAGUUGGCUAAGUAUAAAUAUUUAUCUGGUGGGGUGAAAUUUGUGGAGUCCAUUCCGAAAAAUCCUAGUGGCAAGAUUUUGAAGAGACAGUUGAGAGAGAUUGCGAAGAAAGAAAUUGAGCAGGGGUUGCUUGCGAAGCUGUGA